AUGGAUCCCCAGAGAGAGACACCCAAGAAAAACAACACGGAGCAUCUAAUUGCCGACAGGCGGGACGGAAUUGGUGUCUGUGGCUGGAUCCUGGUUUCCCUUUCUUUCCUCCUGGUGCUUAUUACCUUUCCUGUUUCCAUCUGGGCAUGUGUCAAGGUUAUCAGAGAAUAUGAACGUGCUGUUGUAUUUCGGCUGGGACGUAUACUCUGCAAGAAACCAAAGGGACCAGGUUUGAUCGUCAUACUUCCAUGUACAGAUACAUUUAUCAAGGUCGAUCUCCGCACUGUUGCCUCUAAGAUUCCUCCACAAGAGAUUCUCACAAAAGAUGCUGUUACUACCCAAGUUGAUGGGGUGGUGUACUACAGGAUUCACAGUGCUGUCAGUGCCGUCGCUAACGUCACCGAUGUCCAUUCAGCCACCUUCCUCUUGGCACAGGCAACCCUGAGAAACAUUCUGGGUACACAGAGCUUGACUCAGCUCCUGGCAGGUCGUGAGGAGAUUGCACGCAGUAUUCAGGCUACCCUUGACAGUGCCCUGGAGCAGUGGGGAAUCAAAGUGGCCCGAGUGGAGAUCAAAGAUGUCAGGAUUCCCGUGGCCAUGCAGAGGGCAAUGGCAGCCGAAGCAGAAGCUGCUCGAGAGGCAAGAGCUAAGAUCGUGGCAGCAGAAGGAGAAAGGAAUGCUUCUAAAGCCCUCAAGCAGGCCUCUGUGGUGCUGUCUGAGUCCCCAGCAGGUCUUCAGCUGCGCUACCUGCAGACAUUAACCACCUUGGCAGCAGAGAAUAAUUCCACCAUUGUCUUCCCUCUCCCUGUAAAUAUGCUUGAGAAUUUAGGGCAGAAAAAUAGAGGGGGAUAG